UUGAGCAUGCUCUCUCUCCCAGUGUUUACUGUCAGACGCAAGGCAGCCAGUGUGUUUGGGUCGACUGAGGGUAAUGGACGAAUCGUUGCCUGAAGGCAGACAUCACAGGAAGCCAGAGAUCUGGUAUGAUUCACUGAUAUACAAGUUCCUUGACACUUCUAAAGGAUCUCCAGGAUGUAUGUAGGCUAAACUUCUCUUUUCCAACAUUUUCUCUAAGUUUUACGCUGUCAAGAGACAAAAAACAAAAUGGAUCUGAGAGCCAGGCAUGGUUUGACGCUGUUGGAACAGCUAAAUCGAAUGCGGGAUGCUGAGCAGUUAACAGAUGUGGUUUUAAUUGCUUAAGGUGUUAGCUUCCCAUGCCACCAUGCGGUGCUUUCUGCCUUCAGCCCCUACUUCCGUGUAAUGUUCACCUGUGGCCUGCGAGAGUGUACCAACCAUCAGUUGGUAUUGGGUGUGAAGGUGUGGAUCGUGGCCAGUCACGUCACUGCCUUAAUGUAGUGGAGAUCUACAACCCUGAUGGGGAUUUCUGGAGGGACGGUCCUCCUUUACCAUGGCCACUCGUAUCACUUCGCAGCAAUGCAUCAAAUGCUGGGGUUGUUGACGGAAAACUUUAUGUCUGUGGAUACUACAAAGGAGCAGAUCGUCACGAUACCAUCACUAAAGACAUCCUGCAGUUGGAUCCCUGGGAAAACGUAUGGACUGUGGUGGCAAAGCAGGCGCUGAUGCACGACAGUUAUGAUGUGUGUUUGGUGGGAAAAACUGAAUCCUCGUGGACUCAUGCCCCCUCCUGCUGACUUGGUAGAGGAAUGACAACACUAUCCAUGUGAUUUUGCAAGACAAGAUGCUUUUUUUUUCAUUCACAAGACUGUACGAAAACUGUAGAAGAAGGCUUUCUUUAAUAGUUAUGAAACAAUUUUGAUUUACAAAGCUGCAAGUUUUUUAGUGAUUUUAACUUUGAUAUGCUUUACAUUUUGGGGUUUCAGAUAAUAUUACCAAUAGCUGAGGUAUAAAGUAUGAGUUAAGAUACAUGCCGAAGGAUAUGAUAAACUCUCACAUCAUUUACAGCUCAGAUUAAGUAACACUCCAAGACACUGUGCUAAAAUAUGUAAGUAAAAAUACAUUGCAGAGUUGCACAAUACAGUACAUGUACUGUAAUUUUAAGCAGUGAAUGCAAUUUAUUAAACAUGUUAAUUUGUCAUUGUUAACAGCAAAAUCUGUCAAGUUUCAACUGCAAACAAUAGGUUAAUAUGUUUUUUAAAACAGUUUAAUAUGUUUUUAAACUAUUUUGUACAAUUAUUUGUAUUUGUCCUAAAUAUUUGCAAGGCCAAUUUUUUUAUAUGACAUGCCUAAAUUACAGAAUGUGUUUGAAUGUAAACGCUUUAGAGUCAUAUGAUACAAGUAAAAUAGAAUAAAACAUUAUUACAUGUAGUAAAGUCUGCCUAUUUGUCUUUAAGUUUUUAUAAUAUUCAUAUUUUGAAAAGAAUUGACAAGGCCAAUCAACAGAAGAAGAACAGGUGUCUAUAGCAAGGAAAGGGGGUAGAGUACAAGGUUUGCUUGUUCACAGGCAAUUUCAAGUUCUACCUUUUUAAAAAAUGAACAUAGGAGAUACUCUAAGCAACUUCUCAAAUGUAUUCUGAAUUCUGCUUCUCAUUCUGAGUCAUUAGUAAAGUCAAAAAGCUGCCAGAGGCCACCUUCUGCUCCUAUGACACUAGUUUUAGGUUCAGGCACCACAUUUUCCCAUUCAGCCAACUUGUAUUCCAUAAUAAUUUGGGAGCUGUCUGUGUCUUCAGACCACAAACUGAAGGGGUUUAGUGGUUGUUCAGCUACACACAUACUGACUGGUGCUACAGUGGCUUGCUGCUGUAGUUUUAAGUGAUUCUCUGCAGUAGACUUGUUGGUCAUUUUCCAGUUGUCACAAAGAGAAGCCAAAGGUACUGUCUUUUUGUUCACACUGAAGGUCUACAUUCUGCUGGCUGUCCUUUGAGAACUUCAUCGCUCCUUUUUUUCUAACCAUCUGUCUUUGUGGGAGAACAAAGGCUCUCUUUUUCCCCCUAUAAUUCAGUGGUUUUUGGCGCCUCCUAGGUACUUUCAGAGGUGGUAUCUCAUCAGUGACACAUCCGUUCUCUCUCCCAAACAAUGGUUUUUCAGUCUCCAGAUGUCUGUCUACAUACUGUCCUCCAUUGUCCUCAAUGGAUCCAGUGAUUUGAACAUCCACAUGUGGGCUUGAAGGUCUGGUCUCAACUAAUAGUUUGCACCAUAAUCUCUGCGAAGUAUCUGGUGAAACCUCAUCUGUGACUGCUGUCUGCUGUCUAUCUACAAGCAGUGCAUGUUCAUUUCCGUUUUGUGUAUUCUGUGUUGUAAGUGGACACUGGUUCUGUUCUACUGCUUUUCCUGAAUAAAUGACAGGCGUGAUGCAUA